AUGGCCAGCGAGGACUGUGAGGGGAGUGGCGCGUUGGUCGUUAAACGCCCGCGAAAUGCGUCCAAUUCGAAAUCCUUGAAACUCAUUGAAACACCAAAAAUUUCCAAUCGAGUUCCGAAAUGUGCGCGAUGCCGUAAUCACGGCAUUAUAUCUGAAUUACGGGGCCACAAAAAGCUAUGCACCUACAAGAACUGUAAAUGUGCCAAAUGUGUUCUAAUUUUCGAAAGGCAGCGAAUAAUGGCCGCCCAGGUCGCCCUCAAGCGUCAGCAGGCUGUGGAGGAUGCGAUUGCAUUGCGUCUGGUGGCCACCAAGACGGGACGCAAAAUCGAUGCACUGCCGCCGGGCAACAUCUUCGGGCUGACUGUAACCGAACCCAAGGACCUGCAGUCCCUGCCAGACUGCCAUUCCGAUGAGGGAAAGCAAAUGCAAUCGGCGGUCGCAGAGCAGCCAACAGAAGUCAACAAUGUCGCGCAGGAUCUGAGCGCUACGCGCAAGGAUAAUACUGAAACAACUCCAGUUUCUCAGACGGCAAUCGAUAUGUUGGCCCAAUUAUUUCCGCAACGUAAACGCUCCGUGCUGGAGCUAGUUCUGAAGCGUUGCGAUCUGGACUUGAUACGGGCCAUUGAAAAUGUGUCGCCCACUUCGAGGGCCACGCCCACCCAACUCAUUCCGGCAACAGAACCGCCGCAGUCGUUGCAGUUGCCAGGAUCAGGACCCCAGCGGAGCAGUGCUUUCAAGCCGGUCAUUGCCGAUCAGUAUGGUCGAACCAAGUUGGAACUGAAGUCCAGCGCUUUGGUCAGCUCUUCGUCAACGCUGGGCGCCCCAGCGACGACCAUUUGCGCAUAUCCCAAGUGGUUCGUACCGCUCUCUUUUCCCGUCACCAUGGGCCAUCUAUCGAACCUGGCCCCACGCUGUACACUGCCCAAUUGUGCGUGCUUGGAGAGCUAUCAGUUUCAUUGA